UUGACUUUUAUCAUAAAAGUACAUAUGAAUUUAAAAAGUUGAUAAUCAUCUUUUGGAAGAUCCUGUUUAUACAAGGCCUUUGCAAACAUUGCUUGUUUCCAAUGUACGCAAAGUAAAUCUGAGUAAACUAAGUACCCUCUUCCUGUUUAGAUGUGCAAAUAGUAUGGAGUACCCUAAGGGUAUGAUUCCUGUUUUGGCAACAGGUAUUGGAGACUGCCUUUUUAAUUCUGUGGGAAAGUUGCUUUUUGGCACAGAGGCAGUUACACCAAUUUUGAGGCUUUUGUUCAUAACUGGUGCCAUUGGUCACGUAGAUCAUUAUAUAGAAGAGUACAGGUCUCGUUACAACACAAAAGAUUGUGCUUACGAGAUGCUGUAUGUAAUGUCAACUCAGGAAGUUUUUGAAAAAAGACCUGUCAUGGAAAGUACCAGUGUGACCGACAUUAUCAGGUUUGCUGUCAUUAGCGAGAUUACAGAGCUAUCUAAAAAGGAUGCCUAUGCAGGGGAGAGGAAGAUGGCAUUUGAGGUUCCAGCUGCAAGCCAAGAGAACAUGUGUGCAGCAUUGAAAAGACUUGACUGCAUUGCUGUCGUUAAAGAGCGCCAAGAAUGGGUGAGCUGCAGAAAUUGUGGGCUCAGAUAUCAUUCAGCUUGCAGCCGUCUUGGGAGGAAAGAGGAGAAUUUGUUUGUUGCCUGGGCCUGCUUGUAAAAGAGCAGAUAGAGAGGGACAUUAACACAAUACGACACCAUUUUCCUGAUAUAGCUAGACAGGUUCCCUCUUCGCUCUUUCCUAUACCUCUAAGUUUAGCAAUUAACAUUUCAUUACUGAAGUUGAAUUUUAGCAACAUAUUUACUUUUUCAAGUAGACUUCUGAUAAUGCACUUUGCAAUUUCUACGACCCACAUAUCCUUACAAUAUUGACAAUGAAAAAUUGCUGCUUUAACAAACGAGCUCAUGUAAGCUGGUUAAAUUAAGUUAUUGGCUUGGCUAAUUCAUAUGAUUUAACAAAUGGAUCAAAAAAAGGAAUGCCCUAUCUCAAACUCAAAAUAUUUUUUUCAACAUAAAAUUGAUUAAUUACAAUAUACCGGUUAACAUAAUUAUACUAAAUAUACAAUAUCCAAGUUAAUUUGGCUAAAUAACAAUGAAUGGUCAACCGCAAUAUUUUAUAGAACAGCAAUGAGAAUUAAAAAAUUUUAGGCUGAUGGACACAUGGAAAGAACUUUGGGCAAGCUAUCGAGCCAUGUAUCCAAAUUGAUGUGUUUAAAAUGACGUUUUUAAGUUUGAAUAAUAACAGUAAGAUAUAACAAGAAUAAAAUAAAGUAGAACGAAAUAAAAAUAAGACUAUGUGUAAUAUUGUAAUAACAGCUAAGUGCAAUUAUAAAAUAAUCAUAAAUUAAUGAAGCCUACAGAUGUCAAAUUUUGUUUAUAAGAAAAUAUUUCAUCUGUUUCGCAAAGUGGUGUUUAUUAUCCAUCCUUUUUAACUCUAUAGGUAGGGAGUUCCAAAAUUUAAUACCAUCGAAAGUGAGAAAGUUUUUUUAAAGUUUGUGGAAAUGGAUGGAAGAGAAAAACCUUCAGAAGAAGAUUGCAGUGUAUUAUAAUUGUGUACAUUUUUUGUUUUUACAAACUCGCCUUCAAGAGAACUUUUGUCAGAGCUAUUUUGAUAUAUCAUUUUUGCUGUCUCAAGCAGGUAAAGUUUAUCAAAGUUAAAUAUUUUGAGGCGUUUAAAUAUAGGUUCACUAUGUGCAGUGAAGUUCGCAAAGUCAAUUACUCUAACUGCUUUUCGUAAGUUACGUUUUAAAGGUUCCAGGGUAGUUUUAUUAGCACAACCCCAAUUUAAUAUACCAUAUAGUACAUGUGAUUGAAUGAAUGAGGAGUAUAAAGUCUUGGUACCAGAUGUCUCAAUUUAUAUAGCACUCCGAUUCCUUUUGAUAAUUUUAAAUUUAUUUGCUUUAUAUGCAAUUUCCAGGUAAGCUUAUUAUCAAUUAUUACUCCAAGAUAUUUAGUGUAAUUUUCUUGUUUGAGAUCUCUGUUAUUAAUUUUUAAUUUGAUGUUUCUAUCAGUUUUACGAGAGCUUAUCAGCAAAAAGUUCGAUUUAGAUACAUUUAGCGAUAGCUUAUUAGCCAAUAACCACACAGAUAAGAUAACCUUUGUAACUCCGAAUUGGUGGUUUGUUCUAGGAUGUCAAGAUUUUUGUUAGCCAAUAAAAUACUGGUGUCAUCUGCAAAUAGUCGAAACUGAAGAAUUUGAGUAGAUUUAUAAAUGUCAUUUAUAUAAAUCAAGAACAAUAGUGGCCCAAGUACACUACCUUGUGGGACACCACAAUUGAUAGUAAGCUCAUUUGCAUUAACGCCAUUCAUUGCAACUAUUUGGGUUCUUUUAGUUAAGUAUGAUUUAAACCACAAGUAUGUAAUACCUCUGAAACCAUAAUGUUCUAAUUUUUCUAGCAAAAUUUUCAAGUAUUUGGUUGAAGAUAGGUAAAAUUGAGAUAGGUCGAUAGUUUACUUAUUCUAACUUGGAAUUACCUUUAUGGGUAACUUUUGCAAAUUUUAAUUUUUCUGGAAAGGCACCAAGAGAAAAGGAUGAAUUGGCGAUAAGUGCAAAAGGCCCUGAAAUAGUCAUACGGACCAAUUUUAUAAGUUUAGAGGGAAUAUCAUACAAAUCAUUUGAUUUGUUUUCAUCUAGAUUGGCAAUGAUGUCAUUUACUUCUUCAGGUUGACGCAUGUUGCAUGUUGACAUGGUUUUGUAAAGACUGUGUUGCAGAUGCGUUACAGAUUGACUUUUUUGUUUUAAGAAAUUUUUUGUAAUGUUUAUUUUUAAUCGAGAUUGACUCCAAGAUUCCUUUUGUUAUCCAGGGUUUUAGUCUUUGUUUGUACAUUUUUCGUGAAACCGGUUUUAAUGGAGCAUGUUUUUGCAUAUUAUUAAUUAGUAUAUCAUGAAAAAUGUUAUAUUGCUCGUCUGCGCCUUGAAUUAAGUUUAAUUUUUCAUCCAAGUUUGAUUGGCGCAAGUCAUGUAUAUAUGAAUCUAGGUUAAAAUUGUUAUAGUCGCAAUAAAAACCUCUGUUUUUACUUUUUGAUUUUAGGUUGAUACUUUUGCAAAAUAUAAAGUUUGGUAAAUGAUCACAGAUUUUUGUUAUUAAAUUUCCACUUAGUUUUUCAUGUUCUAUUGAAUUUAAAAAAAUAUUGUCAAUCAAUGAUGGUUUAUUACUAUUGAUAAUUCUAGUGGGCUGGAGUAUAUGUGGCUGGAAGAAGUUUGAAAGCAUGAGAUUUAUAAACUUUUCGGUAUAUUCAUCUCAAUCAAUGUUUAAAAGAUUAAUAUUUAAAUCUCCAGUAAUAAAGACUGUCUUAUUUUCCUUUCGAAGUUUACUAGAGAUUAUGUUUGUUAGAUAUUCUAGGAACUCAACAUCAUUUCUUUUCUUUGGGUGACGAUAAAUAAUAGCAAUCAAGAAGUUCUUAUUGUUCUGAGAUUUAAUUUCGGUCCAGUUUGCUUCAAACUCACUACUAUUAUCUGAGUGAGAAAUAUUUAAGUCCUCUCGAGGAUGAAAAGAUAGUUCUUCAGAUACAAAAAAGCCGCAGCCCCCUUUCAUGCUUUUACCAGAUGUUCCUGUGUAUUUUUGAUAACCUUCUAAGGUUAAAUUUUCAGUAUUUGAUUCAUUGUUAUUGGUUAUCCAUGUUUCAGAUAGAGCAAUAAUGUCAAAUUUAUGUUCUAAUGAAGUAGUUAAUAACUCUAAAUUUUCAAAGUUUUUAUUCAAAGAGCAAAUAUUUGUGUGCAUCAGACUAAAAAAGGGUGAAUGUUCAGGAUUUAGUUUCCUAGUUAACUUAUGAAAUUCAUGCGUUGUAUAAAAUUUGAAAUUAGCAUUUAAGUUUAAGUUUUGAUCAGUAUCGUUAUCUGCAUUCAGAUGAAAAUGAUUAAGAUAAUGUUUAUCUAGAUUCAAUUCUGUAAUAGUUUCUAAACAUUCGUAGUCUGUCAGGUCUUUUGUUACGUCAUUACAAAGACAUAGCUCAUUAAAAUUGAAGUUACUGGAAAGAAUAUCCUGAGCGUGAACAGAAUUGAAAGGAAAAACAUGGUAGCGACAGCUAGGGCAAAGCCAUUGUUGUGCGUCAGCACCUAGAUUUAAAAUAUCUUAACCUGUUAAACCAGAGCAUUUCCUGAUGUGAAUAUAGCUUUUUCAAUAUUAUUAACACGUUUAUCGCAAACAGAGCAGGAUUUGUUAAAGUCAAUAAUCAAAUGGUGUUGCUUCUUUUCUGCGGACUUCAGGGUCAAAAAACUGUGCUUUCAUCCAGUCUGGCAUUACACCGACAUAGCUCUUUGAUAAAAAAUCAAUGUUAUUGUCAAGAACACUUUUCAAGUUCUCAAAGUUUGCUGGCUUUAUAUCAUUGACUGGAAAGGUUGCAUGGCUAAUUGCUUCAACACUUGGGAAUGACUUCAAAAGAAUUGUUGCCAUGUGGGUGACUUGUGAUGUUGCAGAAGUAGUGGCACGUGGAUUAGCAUGGAUAUUAUGGUAGUCAUCUAUAAAAAUUACCACCAUAUGACCCUUUUCUGCUGCAUUUUUAAAAAAAUCAUUCACGGUUUUGCUAUGAUUUGCAGCAAUGCCUUCAUUAGUAUUAAUUACUGUGCGUGGGUGUGCUGUAAAACCCAUAUUAUGGAGGGUUUCCAUACCCUUACUUGUAACCCCAAAGCCUCUUAGAGUCCUGGCAGUUGCCACUUGAAACCAAUUAGCCCUUUGCGACUGACCAUAGACAAGGCUGUAUAUAAUUGAAACAGCUCUUUUUUCAAUCAAUUUUUUUCUUUCAGCUGUUUGUCUGGCAGUUGACAUAGCUUCUACUAUCGUUUCAAAAAUUGUUGUUGCCCCUGCAUCAUUACAAAGCUUUUUAAAUUGAGCUGGAUCAGUGAUUGAUUCACCAUUUUCACGAAACAUUUGGAAACAUUUUUCCUUUAUUUUUGAGACUUGAGAUUUCAAAUUGAUUCUAGCGUUACCAAUUUCUUGUUGCUCAAAAUUAUCGUUUUUCUCCAGUGUCUCAAAAUCAUUGUAUGUUUCUUGUGUGUUAGUUUCUUGUGUGUCAGUUUCUUGGGAGCUUAACAUGAGUUUUUGGCUGGGGUUACUCAGUGUCUCCGUAAUUUCUGAAUCAUUUUCUAUGUCAGAGCUCUCUUUUUCAUAAUUUGGUGUCUCUUUCUUUUUCAAGAUUUGCUUGAAUUGGGCUGUUUCUUGAUGCUGUAAUAGUGUAAUAUUGUAUAUAACUUCCCUACAGUGGUACAAACUCUUUGCUAGUGCUAUGUAUUAAUUUUUUAAAUAAAAAAAUGUACCUUAUCAAAAAACCUGUUCUUUCUUUCAAUUGAAAUUUUCUCAAAACAUUUAUUACAUUCCUCUAAUCCUUUUUACACUUUUCUUUUGUAAGUUUCAAGUUUGAAAGUAAUUACAUCAGAAAAAUCAAUGUCUGUCAAAUGUUUUGUUUGAGACUACUUAAUUGUGAGAAGAGUUGCAAACAAAAUAAUAUAACUUUAAUUUCAAAUCUUUUGUAUUUCCAGAUAAAGAAAAUUACAUAGCUAAUUAAGAACAAUUCCAAAAAAAAUUCAGAUAUCAGUCAUUGACAAAUUACAAGGAGGUAAAUAUAAUAAUCUUGCAUGAUAAGUCCAGUGUAAAUUAAAUUUGGAAUAUCAAAUCACAAUUUUGCUACAAGGGCAACUUACCAGAUACUUCGUAAAUUCACGUUUUUUCUCGCAAUUUUCAAUGCAGAAAACGCAAACGUGUUUAAUUUUGGUUUCUGAGUGGCCAUUCGCCUUGGCUAUCAAUUUAAAUGCCUGAAGCUUCGCAUAUGUCGGAACUUUGAAUACCCUCAAAUCCGCUUCGUUGACUGUACAUUUGUGGCAGCACCACUGCUGAUGCAGUGGGUUGCUGCACUUUCUUCGAAACCUUCCCAUAAUAGAGGAUUUAAACGAGGUGGUAACAACGAUAAUAAUUAGCGACAGUUAGAAAGCAAUUUUCCCGCCAAAAUAUUGCUGAUAACCGGGGGUAAAACAAAUUAAAUCAUUAAUUAAUUAUAUAUUCUUUUAAAUUUUACAACAGAACAUAAAAUAUAUAACCAAAGACUGUAACUGAGUUUUUAAUUUUCAAUGUUGCUUUCCACCAAAGAUAUUCCAUCUUGAUUAUAUCAGAAGUCAGAAAGUCCAACGAUUCCCGUACUAGGUUGCAGCAGCUGCUCGAAAGGCAUCCACCAAAAAAGUUUUUCCUUGAAAAUUAAUCGCUAUGCCAUAAAAAGAUGAGUUGCCUGUUAGCUAGGUAUAAAACUGGCUUUUCGUCUAAACUUGCCGCCAAUUUGUCGCAGAGACCAACUACCAUCUCGAGUGGACUUCGUAAUAACUAAGAGGCUUUCUAAUUUGCAUAAUCACGCCACGAUUAAGAUUCCCUUCCCUCGCACUGGUGCCUUGGAUUUGGGCAGUCCCUCAAUUUCCGCAUCAGAGGGCCGUAUUUUUGAUGGACUGUAAGGGUCAUUAACACAAAUGAAAAAAGACCCGUAUUAGCUAAAGCACAUUUGUAAAAUUGAUCGCAGAGACGAGAUUUCUAGACCUAUUACUUAAAAUUUGGUCUUGUGGGAAGCUGGAUAGAAUGGGCCUAGCCCCCCCCCCCCGAGAGAUAGGAAAAGUUCAACCUAAGAUUUUAGGAAUACUACGUCAAGUUAACUCAAAAGCAGCGGUAGUUUUUUAGUAAAUUUAAUAAACAUUGUAUAUUUUUAUUUUUCGCUGAUUUUAUUUAAUGUAUAUUUUCGUGGCGGCCAAAAAUUCCAGUAGUGGUUUCCCUCCACAGCUAAGGGUGUUUUCGUGACAAAUGUAAACAAACCAUGCAAGAUUCGCGGGAUCUGAUUGGCUAUCAAAUUUGGUAAACAAAGCAUCUUAUUGGACAAAAACGAAAUUCCGCUAUGCUUGCCUGCUCAAUUUAAAGAUUUACCAACAACGAGAUUAAUAAUUGAUUGCACAGAAAUAUUUGCAGAGGUUCAAUCAUCUAUGAAAGCACAGUAACAGACAUGGUCCGAAUACAAGCAUCAUAAUACAUGGAAAGUUUUAAUUGGCAUAUCACCCUCUGGCCUAAUUACCUUUGCCUCAAAGUUAUGGUCUGGUAAGGUGUCUGAUAAAGAAAUCACUCUUAAGUCAGGUGUUCUAGCACUUCUUGAGGAUGGUGAUAACCUAAUGGCAGACCGUGGCUUUUAUGUCAAAGAUAUUCUUCCUCCUGGAGUGACUCUAAACAUCCCACCUUUCAAGGGUACAUGAGCACAACUGACAGCGAAUGAGACAGAAGAAUCUGCUCGCAUUGCUUCUGUACCCUCUAUAUGUACAGUAUACAAUGAUUUUAUCUAAAGAUCAAACACAUACCAAUACUUUUAAGCAUACACAAUGUUACAUCUAUGUAUGUAUAGUAUACAAUGAUAUCAUGUAAAGAUUAAAUACAUACCAAUUCUUUAGAGCAUACACAAUGUUUACUUGAAUACAUAUUUAACUUAUAAAAACUUCUUAAAAGGCUUUAAGAAAUUAUUUUAUUUAUCAUUAUUAUUAUGUUUAGCCAACGAUACUGAACAUUAUUACAAACAGGAUAUUAUUUUGUGUGUGUAUAUCUUAAUAAUAACAAGAAAUUAUUUGAAUUUAUCAAAGUUUUUCCAAUUUCCAUGUAAAUAUAAUUUGAAUUCACGUUUCACUCGCUUAGUGAAAAAUUCAGGAAUAAUUAGCAUGUAGGAUAAAACAAAUUCUUCAUCAUAUUGUAUUGACUCUACAAACAAUGAUUCACUACAAGCAAACCGAACAACAAAAUCAAUACGUUUAAAAACAGCACAAAACAUUUGGCCUUGAACUUGAUAAUAAUAGUAUUGAUGUUUGCGCUUGAUAGUGCCGCCAUUAUUCUCCAAGAAGAACUUCUUAUCUUUGAGUGCAUCCUGAAGAGAGAUUUUGAACUUGGAGAAUGGACAUUUUAUUUCCAAACCCCAUCUUUCAUUGUUAAAAGAAACCAUCCCAUCCAAAAAUGCACCAAGAAAAGGAGAAGAAGAAGAUAAUUGGAGGCCAGUUUCAGAAACAAUGACAUUCGGGCCAUGCUCUUUCAUGUAGAUUGUGUAGAGCUCAAUGGCAUGUCCUUCAAAUUUCUUGCCAUGGCUGGUUGCCAAGGUUGAGAAACACUUGCAAAACAUGGAUUUUGUUUUUGAAGAUGGUUCAACAGUGUUUACGGCAGCAGUGUAGAAGAUUGAGGCUGUUAGUCGAUAAAGGCGAUACUCUAUCCAAUUGCUGUUGGAGGAUUGACCACGGGUCACCUUCUCAAUGUCAGAAAUUUUUUUCAGCAGACAAAGAUAGGCUAUGACAAUAAAUGUUCAUCAUAUCUUUAGAAGAUUGUUUGGAGAUAUCGUAGCACUCAUUGAAAGAGACUGCUUUGGCUAAAGAUGGAUCUUGAGUAUCAGUUCCACUGGUGAAAGCACUGUCACUUGAAGAAGGAAGAUCAGAUUCUGAAGCUGGAUAAAAACCUAAAGAAUCCGCUAUUUGGCAUGAAUUUUAUUAAUUUUGAUUUUGAAAUUUCAAGAUCAUUAAUGGUCACGGUUCAAUGGCUGGUAAUGCGAAUAACCAAAUAUUCAUGGAGCUGCAGAAAAGUGAAAUGGGGUGUUCCACAUAAGUCAGCUAUCCAAGGAAGAUGCUUGCACUGAUCAUAAAUAGCCUCAAAUGUGAAAUCAUUUUCGUGACAAAGUAAGGAGGACUCAUCUGAAAUGUCAUUGGAUUGAGAAUUGAAAUUCUUUGCAUGACAAAAGACAGCAUAUGCACGAAGAAUAAGGUCGGCUUUGACACCGGAAGUUUUCUCCCUGUAUUGUACAAGAAAAUGCUUCAAUUCUUUAAUAGUCAGUGCGCCAAGAUCUUCUAAACAAUCAACUUUCUUUUCCUUUGGCAGCAACAAUUUGAAUGCAUCCAAUUUCAAUGACAAAUCAGGCGUAAAAAAUUCUUAAAUGUAGAAAUAUAUAAUCGACACUGUAGAUGUCCAAAGAGGCCCAAACGUUUGCACAGCCCACUACAUCAGUUGCCUCUACUCCAAGCGCUCCUCUCUCUUUCAAACACCACAUGACGUAAUUGUGAAGGGGGUCCUUUGGGCUUAUACAGCACUUGGGGUGAAAUCAAAAGAAGGGUGCCUCAAGGCUCAAUCCUAGCUCCACUGAUAUCUGUAAUUUUGUCGAUGAUUCCUCCCUUUAUGCAACACAUGUCGAUUUGCAAAACAUUUAAAAAAAGAAACUAAAAAAGAUGCAAUCAACAUCAUCAAAUGGUUUUCAGAUAAUAAAAUGAAGCUAAAUAAGAAUAAAAAUAACACAUAUCGAUGAUGCAGGGUGCUAUAUGUAGCCUUCUUGCAAUAAAUUUUCGAAAAAUGUGCAUUAUCCUCAAAAAGAUGCGAAUUUCUUUAAUUUCGCGGAUUUUUUUGUGUUAUAUGCGGAUUUUGUAUUCAUAUUGAUGAUGCAGAGUGCUAUAUGUAGCCUUCUUGCAAUAAAUUUUCAAAAAAUGUGCAUUAUCUUCAGAAAGAUGCGAAUUUCAAGGUCAUUAUAAAUUAACAAUAAAACAAAGACUAGUUUUUCAUAAUUUUAUCAUAAAACAAAGAACAGUUUUUCAUAAUACAGCUUCAUGGUUGAGACCAGCUCAUAAGAAUCUACAAACAGAUUCAAGCGAAAAAAAUAAUGAACGCUUGACUUCGGCUUGUCUCUCGUUUUUCAGCAGCAAUUUUAUGCAAUGACGGUUAGAGUGUUUGCAAAGGUGCAUGGUAGUCUCUGGCUGACAUCAAACCCAUUUGUUUGUAUGUUUUUUCAUUGCAAACUAUCUAGGACUGCAGGACCAAAAAAGAUGAUUACAUAAAUAAGCUCAGGGUUAGAGGCUCAAUUUCAUAGUCAAAAGUCAUUGGACAUUGACAGAUGGAAAACAAAGUCAAAAGGCAUUUUAUGAUGUGAUGGGGAUAAAGUGUAACCACGUCUUUUGAUUGCCUCUCUUUGAAAUACUGAAUGGCUUCCUGCUUUCUUUUGGGAUUAGGAAAUUGAUCCAAAAGUGAGCCCGGAUUCUUUCUUUCAUAUUUAUUGCUGAUGGUUGCUAGGUCGGUCUUGGCUUCAAACAGCAGUACAUCUUUAUCCUGUUGAAAACCAAAA